AUGGCCACUCAUCUCCAACUGAUCUUGGAGAAUCCCACAAAGCUCUUCUGGAGUAUUUGGCAGAGUCUCGUUUAUCUCUUUUUAGUCUUCAUCCAGCGGAUUCUGCUGCCCAAUGCCUGCCGAGCCGUAACUCUAAGAACAGAGAUUGCACGAGCAAUACUGGGUAGUUUUCUCGCCAACUUUUGGGACCUGCUUUUCAAGGCAUCGCCAAGCCUUCGCGACGAUGAAUACUUGCUUCUCAACGCAGGUCAAGUUCCAGCUGUUCUAGUCCCGCCCGACAGGGACGUGGGCAGGAUUGGAAGCAAGAAGGAUGGCAAAAGGAAACUGCUUCUUCUUUACAGCCACGGCGGGGGGUAUUUUUUCGGGGAACCCUUAAUGUAUAUAUCUACCUAUAAGAGGUGGAUCAGAGCCGCAGCGAGAGAGAAUGUCGAGCUAACCAUCGUGUCUGUGGACUAUCGUCUUUCGAAGACGCAUAAAUACCCUGCGUGCUUGGAAGACAUGAUGAAGUGGUAUGAGACGCUACUCGACCAGUACAAAGUUUUGCCAGAGCAGAUAGUGUUUGGUGGUGAUUCCGCGGGAGGUGGGCUUGCGGCAAUGACUGUGCUCAAUAUCAAGAAGCUUCGUGGACCCUCUCCCGGGGGGAUGCUGUUGGUAUCACCUUGGCUCGACCUAGAGAUGAAAGAUACAUUGCACCACCCGGCGAUGUCGACCGAUUUCCUCAUCACUUUUACAAAGGACAACCCUGUCCUUGUCGAUGCGCUGCUCCCUCUUGGGAUGAAGCCUGACGAUCCGAGAGUCUCCCCCGUUUUUGACGACCUUUCAAAUCUUCCACCGCAGCUUGUUAUUGCAGGCGGAGCGGAAGUCCUGCUUGCCGAUUCGGAGAAAUGGGUGCAAAAGUCAAAAGCUGCUGGCAAUAAAGUGGACUACAUCGUUGGACAGGGUCAGAUGCAUACGUAA